AUGGUGCCAGCCCAAUUCUGUCUUUUUAUUGCCGGGGCGACGCUUGCCCUGGCAGCUCCGAAUACGCCAGUACAGGCAUCAAGCACCCCGGAAUGGGACUUGUCUAAACCGUUGAAUGGCUUUGUCUUCCAGCGGGCCAAAGCCAUGUCUUCCCAGACAAUUGAUAAACCGACUCUGCUGUAUUCCAGACUUGUCAACAUCAAGGGCCAGUCAAACAAUCACAACGCCGUUUCGAGCCUUGUGCAAAUGUUGCGGACGCCCCCUUCACACGGCCAGCACACAUACCAAAACAUCAGCACUACCGGAAACUUCUCGACUCAAUACGCCAUUCAAUGUGGAUGGGACGGCGCCCCAGUCUGGCUGCUUCUAGAUACAGAAAGCGCGGACACCUGGGCCGUUCAAAGGGGUUUUGAAUGCCAUGGCUCUGAUGGUAGAAAGCAUAGUCAAGCUGCUUGUGCUUUUGGAAAUCCCCAUGUCAAGAAAUUUCAAAAUGGCCCCAUUGAUGGCCUUCACUUCUACUUAAAAUACGGCUCGGGCGAGAAAGUUUUUGGCCCCAUGGGCUACGCUGACAUCUCAUGUGGAGGUGUUUCUGUUCCAAGUCAACAAGCCGGGCUCGCCAACUAUACCUAUUGGCACGGUAAUAACCUUACAGUCGGCAUCUUGGGCCUUGCUUACCCAUCCAUUACAAGUGCCUUUUAUGGGGAGAUUGGACAGGAGGCUGCCUGGAACGCCAUCCAAUACGUACCUUUCCUAACGAAUGCCGUCAUGCAAGGAAACAUAGAUCCCGUUUUCAGUGUUGCACUGGCCAAGAACUCUUCGGGUGGAAUUAUCGCCUGGGGUGGCUUACCAGAGAUGCAGACAAGGACUGACGUGUACGCUGAGACUGACCUCAUCAUAGCAAAUCUCAUCGGGUCAGCCGAAACAUCCUGGAGAUACUCCUUCUACACCAUUAUCCCCGAUGGCAUCGUCUGGGGUCAACGAAUGGAUAAAACCAAAUUUCCAUACAUCGUGGAUACGGGGACGACAAUGAACUAUCUCCCACCUCCCUUGGCCGAGGCAGUCGCCAAUGCUUUCCAGCCUCGUGCGGUGUACUUGUAUCAAUGGGGUUCUUACUUUGCCCCGUGUGAUGCGAUACCUCCGAGCUUUGCCGUUGUCAUAUCGGGGGUUGAGUUCUGGCUCAACCCUGCGGACAUGAUCUACCGCGAACUGGUUGAUCCCAUGACGGGCUACUGUGCCAUUGCUAUCACAAGUGGUGGGUCAGGGCCAUACAUCCUGGGUGACGUGUUUCUGCAAAAUGUUGUAGCUGUAUUCGAUGUUGGAGGAGCACAGAUGCGGUUCUACGGCAGGAAUUAA